GCUUUAGAGUUUGGUAGCAUAAGACUCCUUAUGAGCUGAACAUAUAAUCCUGUUCAUUAGUACCAAAAUCUCAUAUCAUGAAUCGAUACCCUGCAAAUCAGGGGUCUAUAGACACGCUCAAUCAUGCAACUUAUCACAAUAGUGGCACUAACGGUAACAGAGGUACCCGACCACAUCCAUCCUUAGAUCCACAUCAAAUAAUACGUAGCUCAUCCACGCGAAAUAUUGAAGGGAUUCGCAACGAAAUAUCAAGGCUGACGGAAGUCUUUAAUGAGAAGAAGGACCUGCUUGAUAGCUUGACAGUAACUCUUACAACCGCAAGGCGUGAGGAACUUUGGGGUCACACUCCCGCGCUGGCAGAGGAGUCUGUGAUGGCGGAGAUUAGUCAUCUUACGAAGCGCAAUGCCUUUCUAAAACACAAGUUAAGUAUUGCACAUGAUAUAGAGAAGCAACUCGCUUCCGAUUGGCAUGUCAUAAACAAGCAAAAUGAGUUCAAAGCUGUGCAAAAGCAAAUUGGUAAAAUUAAGGAGGAAAUACAGACUCUUGAGGUUGUGAGGCAGCGGCGAAAGCCAAGGAUCCGUGAGAUCGAUUCUGAAGUUUCUCGGGCGCGUUACUUGCGUACCAAGCAACGGGCGUAUACCAGCGAGGCGCGUAUACAGUUCAAGAUGCUCACGGAUGAACUUCGUCGGAUUACAAAAGAAGAUAUAAAAGCCCAUGAUCGGUGCAUUCACUUACAGGAACAGCUUAAGUCAGGCAUCACAAUAAAAGAACUUGAGGCCCUGAAAAAGAGUAUUGAAGAACAGGAAAAAACAAUCCAGAAUUUGCUGGUCGAAGAGCAGAGUUGCAGAAGGCGUAAGGAAAUAGAGCGUGAGGAAAAGUAUAAGGUUAUUGCGAAGGAGCAGCAAGACUGCAAGCUGUUAGAAAAUGAAGUAAUUGAACUGCAAAGACAGCUCCUAGAUAAGGAUCUGGAAUUUCAUCGUAGCUACCAAUUUUCGCUAAGCUAG